AAUGUCUACUCACAUGAAGAGGUUAGAAACUGUUCACUACCUGCUUUGACAUAACCUGACCCGGACCAGUAAACGUCAAAAGACUGCUAGUUGGGUCGAUUCGCAAGUGUAAGUGGAUUUUCUUAUUGAAUUAUUUGGAUAUGUAUCGCUCGCCUCGCGCCUGUUCAGCUUAUAUUAACUUAGCAAAGAAUGGAUUACUUCAGAAAAAUAACUUCCAGCUAUCACAAUUUUCCCGCACAAAAGUCUCGACCCCGUUAAAUACUAUUAUAAUGUUCGUUCCACAGCAAGAGGCUUGGGUUGUCGAGCGAAUGGGUCGAUUUCACAGAAUUCUGGAGCCGGGCCUCAACGUCCUCCUGCCCGUUGUAGACCGCAUUAAAUAUGUUCAGAGCUUAAAGGAAAUUGCCAUAGACGUUCCCAAACAAAGUGCGAUCACAUCGGACAAUGUCACGCUAAGCAUAGACGGAGUACUUUAUUUGAGGAUAAUUGAUCCAUACCGAGCUUCAUACGGAGUUGAAGAUCCAGAAUUUGCUAUUACACAAUUGGCUCAAACCACAAUGAGAUCCGAGUUGGGUAAGAUGUCCUUGGAUAAGGUUUUCCGUGAGCGAGAAGCUCUAAAUGUGAGCAUUGUCGAUGCUAUCAAUAAGGCCAGCGAAGCAUGGGGUAUUACGUGUUUGAGAUAUGAAAUUCGAGAUAUUAGGUUACCUACGCGCGUCCACGAAGCUAUGCAAAUGCAAGUGGAAGCUGAGAGGAGGAAACGAGCGGCUAUUCUGGAGUCUGAGGGUGUUCGAGAAGCUGACAUUAACGUGGCGGAGGGUAAAAGACAGUCGAGAAUUUUGGCUUCAGAGGCCCAACGUCAAGAGCAAAUCAACAAAGCUAGUGGUGAAGCAACAGCAAUAUUAGCCUUGGCAGAUGCAAGAGCACGAGGACUUCAAACUAUUGCGAAAUCACUUAAUAGCGAGGAUGGUAGAAACGCGGCCUCACUUUCCAUUGCUGAACAAUACAUUGCUGCUUUUAAUGAUCUUGCUAAAACGAACAACACCAUGAUACUUCCAUCGAACGCCGGUGACAUACCAAGUGUGGUCGCUCAAGCGCUCACCAUCUACAAAACGCUUAGCGGUAACGGAAAUCCUGUUGUAAAAUCUACGGACGCUCCAAAACAGAUUCUCACGGAACUGGUUUCGGAAAACCAAUUAAAUGAUUUCAAGCCUCCACCGACCACAGACUUACGAAAACACGUUGCACCGACUUUUGAAGAUGACAAUCUUAUCGAUAUUGAGUUGGAUACGAUACAUGGUAAAGUUACUCCGAAUAAUGGAAAAAGUGAACGCAAGAAGAAGUAAAAAUAGAUGAAAUUUCCAGUGUAAAAUAUUUCGUAUGUAAUAUGGAUAUUUUGAUUUCCUUUUGUUGUUUUUUAAGUUAUUCGUAAUGGAAAAUGAUCGAAUCAAAUGUGUAAAUGGAAUAAACAAAAAAUUUCUAUAAGAAA